GGAGCGCUAAACGCGUUUGCUUUAUGUCUUCAUUGGAGUCUCUGGUUUGUUCAAUUGUGCCGCAGGCCAGGCAUGACAACCAUCUCAAAGAUGAGUUGAUUCUUCACUGCCAAGAAAUAUUGAACAGCCAUAUAGGUCAAACAGUUGAAAGUGAUAUUGGGCACCUAGCAGACUCAAUCAAGCGACACCUCCUACAUGCAUCUCCAAAUGGUGUGUCGACAUUGAGGUUUGCGAACCUUUUAGCACGCCUACUUGAACAACCUGUGCUAUCGAGAAAACAUGCAUCACUUUCGUUUCUACACUCUUUGGCAGCAUCGCCCGGGGCUCCCACGCUUUCGCCACAAGCUCUACCCUCUCUUGUCCCGCCUCCACCUUCUCAGCAAUCAAGUUCAGUACCAACUCCUGUGGUUUCAAGUCCCUCUGAUUCACUUCCAAGAGGAAAAACUCAAGCUGACAUACUUAGAGAAUACCGAUCUCGACAUGGACGCGCUCAUCUUCCUGAAUUAUUUUUGUUACGAGAUACACUGUAUCUCUUGCAAGGUAUCUCAGGGAAAUAUGUCUCUUUCAUGUCCACAGCAGAGGCUGCUCCUGGAGAGCAACUUGUGUUCCGAGAAGAUUCGAAAUAUGUCAUUACCGAGCCCACUCGAAAGCUCAUACUUUGUUUAGCCGAAGUUGGACACCUAUAUAAGCGGAUUGACAAUUUCAUCCGUGAGCGAGACGGGAAGCCGAGCAUUGGCAUGAUUGAACAGAGCCUUUGUCACCACCUCCAGAAUCAACUCACAGAGUACUACAGGCUCAUUGCGGUCCUCGAAUCACAGAUGUCUGUGAGCAAGGACGUUGAACUAUCGUCUGAAAGCCGAGACUUAGAACUCAAGCAUGAGGAGACUGGCCUAACCCUGAAGAGACUGAACGUUUGGAUUCAAGAUUGGCGACUUCGGAUGCGAAUGAUGAGUGUAUGCGUAGAGGGUGCCAGAGAUACACAUGGUGGAGCUCUAGUCAAUCUUAUCCGGGGAUAUGCAGACAACGGCGAUCCAUUCGUUCGCAAGUUCACUGAUCAACUUCUGGAAGAGGUGUCCAAGCCGUUCUUCUCCAUGCUUCACAAAUGGUUGUUUUCUGGAGAGCUCAAUGACCCAUUCUUUGAGUUCUUUGUAGCCGUAGACCCCGAGCUUGCACAUGUCCAGUAUGUACAACAAUCCGCUAGUGGAUCGCUUGCUGGCGAUGGGGGAUUUGCAGGGUUGGCCAGUGAUUCAGAUGAAUUGUCUGGAGAAUCGCGAGAGGGCGGUCUCAAACUGUGGGAGAGCAAGUUCAGGUUACAGGCAGAUAUGCUUCCAACCUUCGUGGGAGGAACGUUCGGACGCAAAAUUUUCUCCACGGGCAAGAGUUUGAACUUCAUCCGAUACAGCUGUCAUGAUAGCGAUUGGGUUGUUACACGGGAGAAGCUCAGCAACACUGGCGGCACCUUGAAAUAUAGCGAUAUAGCGGGUUUGGAGCGCUCUAUUGACGCUGCGUAUCAGAUCGCUAGCCGACGACUUUUCGACAUUUUCUUCGAGAAAUACCGGCUCUUGGAUCAUCUACUUGCACUGAAAAGUUAUCUUCUUCUUGGCCACGGUGAUUUUAUCGAUCAACUGAUGGAAACACUCUCUCCUAGCCUGGCUCGCCCAGCGAAUACACUCUAUAGGCACAACUUGACCGCGACCUUGGAGACGGCCAUCCGCUUGUCCAGUGCCCAAAACGAUCCGCCAGACGUCCUCAGACGUCUGGAUGCUCGAAUGCUCGAAUAUUCUCACGGGGAGAUCGGAUGGGAUGUCUUCACCCUUGAAUACAAGGUUGAUGCCCCCAUCGAUACGGUUCUAGAUCCAGAGGCCAUGGUCAAGUACCUGAAGUUAUUCAAUCAUCUUUGGAAGAUCAAACGCAUUGAAGCUACUUUGAGCAAAAGCUGGAUGAGAAUAGCUGGUGGCGCACGGACAUUCUUGCGUCUGCCAGAUCUCAGCUACGAAUGGCACCAAAUUCGCAUUGUCAUGGCGGAGAUGAUUCAUUUUAUACGCCAAAUGGAAGCUUACUGUCAGCUUGAAGUUAUCGAGUGUUCCUGGAAAAUCCUCCUGGACUUCGUGCAGAAGAAAGAGGGUGAUCUAGAUGCACUGAUAGAAGCUCAUCGCGCGUACCUAGACCGGAUGGUGAAAAAAGUCCUACUCCUCAAUAGCAAAGCAGGGCGAGAGGAGAACUUACUAAAUCAAGUUCGAGAGGUUUUCACGACGAUAUUUCAGUUCAAAGAGGCUACAGAUGACUUCUACAAUUACUCGCUGUCUGAAUCGGCCCGCCGAGACGCGCAGCGCGACGAAGAACGAGUAAGUGCGCCGACAACAUGGUACGGCAGAAGUAAUAACCAGUUCACAGGGUGUAUUUACUGGCAUCCGCCCAGAGCCUCGAUAUGCUCCAGAUACGCUGCCACAUAUACUUGGUCGGAUCAGAGAGUAUGGCGGUAUGUUCUCUGAGAAGGCACAGACGAUCGUGCAUGGGCUACAAAGUCAUUCGGACCUAGACUGCCGCUUCCUGGGAAUCAGGUUAUCGUUUUCCGAUUUCUAUAAAACGAAAAGGGAGACAACGCAUCAGAAAAGCUAGAUUGAAUUGAGUUUGUGUUAUUGAAUAGGUACGAAAGACGUGGUCGAUUGUAGCAGUAUUUCCUGAGGUGUAAUUUUGCCCUCCACGCUGUAUACCCGUUCGCAGUUCGUAGGAUCGUCUUGACUCCGUUCAUAAUUGUACACUUCUGUCAUUCUGGCAUAAUUAUAACAAAAACGGCAAAUGUCAUGCCUUUACAACCGGG